AUGGUGACACCUGGGCCCGUAUGGAGCAUUUCUAUCACUUCCGGACGAACUACUGCCACCGCUUGUCAUUUCCCCAGCCGUUUGUCCCUGGUUGCGGUUUCUCCUACCACUCCGUUGUGGUCCACCCGAAACGGAAGGUCUACUAGAGACAGAGACUUAUCCCGUUACUUCUUUGCUUUGGUGAUAGGUCAAGUUAUCCUGUUCCACCCGUGUAGCAGCAGCUACCAAAUCCUGGAAGUUUCGAAGUCUCAGAGCCACCAAGGAUCUCCUCACAGAGUUCUUGAGGCCCUUCUCAAACUUAAGUUUCUCGGAGCCCCUCAGAUUUUUCAAAAACAAGUCUCUGUUAUGAACUACUUUAAGGAAGUUCCUGAUAAGUGCUGGGAGAGGGAUGUUGAUUUCACUCCAGCUUGUUGCAUUGGGCAAUCUUCUGCUCUCUGCUUGGAGAUUCCAAACUGGCGCCAACUUCCAAACUUGCGCGAUUGUUUCGUCUACUACAAAGAAGAUGAAGGUCAAUUCUCUCUACAGCAAGGUUCUCCUUUCUCUUCUAGUUCAGACCUUGUUCCCACAGUGGUUCCUUCUCAAGGAAUCAACUUGCCAUACAAAAUCCUGUUCAAAGUAAAUUCCUUGGUUCAGCAUGGAUGUCUUCCGGCUAAAGCACUUGAUCUCAAGUUUUUCCGGUUAGUCGAUCCGAGUAGAAUUCAGCUUGAAUACAUAGAGUCUGCUCUUGAAAAACUGCAUCACUUAAAAGAUUGCUGCUACAAUCCACUGAGAUGGCUUAAGAAGCAAUAUAUAAAGUACAACAGAAGUGGGCAGAUUCCAAAACUGCGCACAAUUACUUUAGAUGACGGCUUGGUGUAUGUACACCGUGUUCAGGUAACACCAACAAAAGUAUACUUUUGUGGCCCUGAGAUCAAUCUCUCCAACCGCGUCUUGCGCAACUACCACGAGGAUAUCAACAAUUUUCUUCGCGUUUCUUUUGUUGAUGAGGACUUGGAUAAGUUAUCUUCAACGGAUUUAUCCGCACACGGAAGUUCUGAGAAUGGAAAAAGGCGAACGAGACUCUAUGACAGGAUACUUUCUACUCUAAGAAAUGGCAUACUCAUUGGCGACAAGAAGUUCGAGUUUCUUGCGUUUUCAUCGAGUCAGUUGCGAGAGGGUUCAGCUUGGAUGUUUGCUUCAAGAGACGGACUUACCGCAGCAGAUAUUAGGAAAUGGAUGGGUGAUUUUCGUUGCAUUAAAAAUGUGGCAAAAUAUGCUGCCAGGCUAGGUCAAUCUUUUGGCUCUUCCCACGAAACUUUUAGAGUUGGUAGGCAUGAAGUUGAGUUAAUUCCUGACAUACAAGUUGAAAGAGAUGGAAAAAAUUAUUGUUUCUCUGAUGGAAUUGGCAAAAUAUCCGAAGACUUUGCGAGAGAAGUGGCCAAAAAAUGUGGUCUAAACAGGUUUACUCCAUCAGCCUUUCAAAUUCGCUAUGGUGGCUAUAAAGGUGUUGUGGCUGUUGAUCCCACAUCUUCAAUGAAGCUGUCAUUGAGAAAAAGCAUGUGCAAGUACGAGUCAAAGAACAACAAGCUAGAUGUUUUGGCAUGGAGCAAGUACCAGCCAUGCUUCUUGAACCGCCAAUUGAUCACUCUGCUGUCAACUCUUGGAGUCAGUGAUCACGUUUUUGAAAAGAAGCAAAAGGAGACCGUGAAUCGCCUGGAGUCCAUCUUAACUGAUUCUUUAAGAGCACAAGAUGAACUGAAGAUGAUGUUCCCUGGAGAGAUCACAAACACUCUAAAAGAGAUGCUUAUGUGUGGUUACGAGCCAAAUGAGGAGCCAUUUCUUGCAAUGAUGCUGCAAACAUUGCGUGCAUCGAAGCUGCUGGAAUUGCGGACAAAAACAAGGAUACAUGUUCCCAACGGAAGAGCUAUGAUGGGAUGCUUAGAUGAAACUGGGACACUUGAAUACGGUCAAGUGUUUGUGCAGUGUUCUCGUCCCCAACUCUUUGAUAAUUCCUCUUUAGUCUUCAACAUCAGCAGUUCAAGCCCAGACACGUUUGUUGUUAAGGGAAAGACGGUUGUUGCUAAAAAUCCUUGUCUACAUCCAGGAGAUGUGCGAGUCCUCAAGGCAAUGGAUGUGCCGGAGUUGCACCACAUGGUGGAUUGCGUCGUUUUUCCACAGAAGGGAAAGAUGCCUCAUACCGAUGAAUGUUCUGGGAGUGACUUGGAUGGAGACACUUACUUCGUCUGUUGGGACCAAGAGCUCAUUCCUCGUCGGCGAGCUGAUGCCAUGGACUAUACGUCGGCAAAAACUAUAGAAGUAGAUCAUGAGGUUACAAUGGAGGAAAUUAUGGAGUACUUUGCAGACUAUCUAGUUGACGAUAACUUGGGAAUUAUUUCGAAUGCGCAUACUGUUUUUGCAGACAAAGAGCCGAAAAAGGCCAGGAGCAAAGAAUGUAUUGAGCUAGCAAAGCUAUCCUCAAUUGCCGUGGAUUAUCCAAAAACAGGUGUGGCCGCAAUAAUCCCAGGUCAUCUGCGUGCAAAAGAGUACCCGGACUUCAUGGAAAAGACUGACGGGUUUGGGGUUUGGGGUUUAGGGUUUGAGGGUUUACAGUUCACGGUUCAGGGUUCUGGGUUCUGGGUUAAGGGCGGGGCUCAGGGCUCAGGGCUCGGGGUUCGGGGUUCAGUGUUCGGUGUUCGCGGCAAUGUCCUCAAAAAGUCGAGGUAUUUUGACAAGAAAAGAGACUUGGAAUCAACAAAUUAUGCAGUAAAGGCACUGAUCAAAGAAGCUAGGACUUGGUUCAACAAUCAGGGAGAUGAAGCAGCGAAUGGAGGUGAUGAUGCAUACGCAAAGAAAGCGUCUGCUUGGUACCAUGUUACUUAUCAUCCUCAUUACUGGGGCCGCUACAAUAAGGACAUGGGCAGAGACCAUUUCCUAAGCUUCGCUUGGAGUGUCUACGACAGACUUGUCAUGAUCAAGAGGGACAAUGCAAGCAUGAAAAGAUCUUUGCGCAUUUCAUCAUUGGUGAAAGAGUUCAACUCUGGACAUUAUUUUUCCAGUGAAGUUUGAUGUCUUCAGUCUUUGAAAACCAUUCUAAUGAGCACCUCUGCUCUUGCUAAGUAAGUUUACAGUGCUAGUUUGAGAUUGUAAUAUAGU